GAUCCUUUUAUUUUAUUUAUAUUUAUUUAUAUUUAUCAUGGAGGGAGUAUAGGAGCAUAAGGCCUCAAAUGCAGAAAAUCAACCGAGUGCUCCAUUCCACCACUCUCUCAUCUUCCAUACCCCUUUUUGCCUUACAGGCUACAGCUCAUGGCAUAAAACUGUAGCGUAGUGGAUAAAAACAGGAUGACGAAUGGAGAUGGGAAGGGGGCCCGAAAGAAACUUUGUACCCACUGAUAAAAUUCCUCUGAGGCCUGGCGUAUACACACGAACUGUGUGUGUUGUGAACCAUGUCUUCCAAGACGCGCACGUAUAGUGAAGCAUUUCUCAAGUUCGGCUUCACAAGCAUUGUUCAAAAAUCCGUGGUCAAGCCGUAAUGUGUUAUCUGUGCCAAGGUUUUGAGCCACGAGAGCAUGAAGUCCAGCAAACUGAAGAUCCAUUUGGAGUCUUGUCACAGCAACCUGGCGGGGAAGGGUGUGGACUAUUUCAAACGAAAAGAAGCCGCACUCAAGGGUUCCUGCAUCGAUUCGACAGGUCACUGCGCUCAUCAAAAUGAAGCAGCGUUGGAGGCUUCAUACCGGAUCGCUUAUCGAAUCGCCCAGACAAAAAAACCUCACAGCAUCGGCAAAGAGCCUAUCAAGCCACCCUUUCUCGAAGCAGCGAAGUUGGUGCUGGGGGAACAGCAGUCAAACAAGUUCAGGCAGAUUUCCCUUUCGAAUUACUCAGUCAAAAGUUGAAUCUCAGAUGAGUAAUGAUAUUCUGCUGCAAGUUGUGAGCGCUAUGAAGAGCAGUCCUUUGUAUUCACUGCAAUUGGACAAGUUAACAGAUGUUGCCUCAUCUUCCCAACUGCUAGUCUAUGUUCGUUACCUCGAUGGAGAAGCCAUGAAGGAGGAGUACCUGUUCUCGGAGCAAUUGGCUACUACGACUCGGGGAGAAGAUGUGUUCAGAAUGCUGGAAGCCUUCCUCAUCAAACAUGAGCUUGGCUGGGAACGCCUUGUCGGGGUGUGUACAGGUGGGGCACCUUUCAUGGUCGGAUGCAGAUCCGGCUUCAAAGCCUUUGUGAAGGAUGUAGCUCCCCAUGUCUCCUUCACCCAAUGCAUGAUACAUCGCCAUGCUUUAGCGAUGAAGACUCUCCCUCCUGGUCUUCGAGAAGAUUGUGAACCACAUCCGAGGGACCGCAACAAACUCAAGAAUCUUCAAAGCGAUGUGUGAAGAAAUGGGCGCCGAUUUCACUGUUCUGAUAUUACACACAGAGGAGCGCUGACUUUCGAAUGAUAAAGUUCUCAAUCGUGUGAUUCAACUUCAAGAUAAAUAGCGUUGUUCUUGGAGAGAGGGUGUACUGAGAAGGAGAAUCAGCUUCAUGAAAAGAUGCA